CAUGCCAACUGGCCAUACACUCCUUCCAGGGCCCCUGACGGCCAGGACAGAGCUCAGACCACAGCUCUGAGCCCCUGCAGCCCACGUUUGCAGCUCGGUCUCAGCUGUGGCCCUCAGGACCUGCCCUCAGCAAUGAUCUCCUCACUGCUCUUGGCCUUCUUGUUCCUGUCCCUGGCCACGGGGGCCACUGCAGCCAAUUCUAGAGAGGACAGUUCAUGUCCGGCAUGUAGGGGGUCCACCAUGGACCUGGAGAAUUACCGAGAAGUGCUUCUUGAGCUGGCCAAGAGAAGCAUCUUGGACAAGCUGCACCUCAGCCAGCGCCCCACCCUGAGCCGGCCAGUAUCCAGAGCUGCUCUGAAGACCGCGCUGCAGCGCCUCCCUGAGCCCCCUCGGUGGCUGCUGCCAGAGGCUGACAGGGGGCAAGAAUUUGAGAUCAUCAGCUUUGCUGAGACAGGCCUCUACAACAUCAGCCAGACUCGUCUUGAUUUCCAUUUCUCCUCUCAGAGAACUCCUGGGGGACUGGAGGUCCAGCAGGCCAGCCUCAUGUUCUUUGUGCAACUCCCUCCCAAUACCACCCGGACUUCGACAGUGAAGGUCCUUGUCCUAGGACCACAUGACACUAAUCUUACCUUGGCCUCUCAGCACUUGCUGGAAGUGCAUGCCAGUGGUUGGCACCAGCUCCUCUUGGGACCUGAAGCCCAGGCUGCCUGCAGUCAGGGCCACUUGACUCUGGAGCUACUACCUGAAAGCCAGAGAAGCCAAAGCCCAGUCAUCCUGGGUGGGGCAGCCCAUAGGCCCUUUGUGGCAGCUCAGGUGAGAGAUGGGGGCAAGCAUAGGGUUCGCCGGCGGGGCAUUGACUGCCAAAGUGGGUCCAGGAUGUGCUGUCGGCAAGAGUUCUUUGUGGACUUCCGUGAGAUUGGCUGGCAUGACUGGAUCAUCCAGCCUGAGGGCUACGCAAUGAAUUUCUGCACAGGGCAAUGCCCUCUGCACGUGGCAGGCAUGCCUGGCAUUGCUGCCUCCUUUCACACAGCGGUGCUCAGUCUUCUCAAGGCCAACACGGCUGGAGGCACUGCUGGAGGAAGUUCAUGUUGCGUGCCUACAGCCCGGCGGCCUUUGUCUUUGCUCUAUUAUGACAGGGACAGUAACAUUGUCAAGACUGACAUUCCGGACAUGGUGGUAGAGGCCUGUGGGUGCAGUUAGUUCCUGUGAGGUCUGGGCAACCCAUGGAGAAGGCAAAAAGCUCAUUGAAAGGAUCAUUCUGGCCUCUGUCCAAAGUGUGGGUUCCUCUUCCUGAGAAACCUGGGUAUAUUACCCCAACUCUGACAAGAAGAGGAUUUAGGGUCAGAGGGU